AUGGUGGACGUGUUCAGCGGGCGGCUGCUCGUGGACAAGGCGGGUCGCAGCGUGGAGGCCGAGGAGGCGCUGCAGAACAAGGUGGUGGGCUUGUACUUCUCGGCCAGCUGGUGCGCGCCGUGCCGCGACUUCACGCCGGUGCUGUGCGGCUUCUACACGGAGCUGCUGGAGGAGACGGAGCCGCCCGCGCCCUUCGAGGUGGUCUUCAUCUCGUCUGACCACAGCGCCGAGGAGAUGGCGGGCUACAUGCGCGCCAUGCACGGCGACUGGCUCGCGCUGCCCUUCCACGACCCCUACAAGCAUGACUUGAAGAAGAAAUACAACAUAACAGCCAUUCCUAAGCUGGUGAUUGUGAAGCAAACUGGAGAAGUCAUUACAGACAAAGGAAGAAAACAGAUCAGAGACAAAGGGCUUUCCUGUUUUCGAAACUGGCUUGAGGCUGCAGAUAUCUUUCAGAACUUUUCUAGCUAAAAAAAAACUUGGCAGACAGAACCAAGACAAGGCAUCAUGGAAAAUUUUGUAGGGCUCAAGAGUGUUGCCUUGUUCAAAACGAAAUGGGUAACGCUGCAUUGUUUGUGUUUGCUUGUAAAACAGUUUUUGUUUUAGUUCAACUUGCAGAUUAGAUACUCCAGUAAGACAAAAAAAAUAUAUUUAUUAGCACUGUUUUGUUUAUUCAGUAUGAACCAAAGAAAUCCUGAUAAUAUUGAGGAAAUUUAGGAUGAAAAGCUCUUUCGGACAAUAACAGAGCUCUGUGAAAUCUAUGCAAAUACCUGAUUUUUGCA